AUGGUCCUGCUCGUUCCUUUCCUUGGCCUGUUUUUCGCCCCCCUGUCUUUUGCUCAGGAUGCGAUAGCGUCAACUUCUAUAAGCUCUGCCGCGUCAGCGAGUAGUUCAGCUUCGCCAGCCAUCGGCUGGUCUAUUCCCUUGGUCGGCCUCGAAGAUAACCCAAAGAAGCCAUGGGGAGCGAACGUUUCGCUUGACAGCGUUCACAACGCCGGCUAUCAGGUAGUUCCUAUUGUUAUAGGCAGCAACGGGAAUGUCAACACCGGACGAGAUUCUCCAAGCGACGUUGCAACAUUUCCCUUCGCUGUCAGCGCGGAUCCGAAUGGCGAUCGUAUCUUCAUGUCCCCCGAGAAUAACACUGUCCUGUCGCUAGGCGUAAGCUCUUCGCUAAGUUUCUCGCAAAAAUCUGGAAACCGCAAGGAGACCAUACCUUCUGUUCCCUUCUGCCUCAACCUCGGCCGCAAGGGACUCUGGAACGGGUCCUUGACUCUAGGAGAUCAUUUCUACGACCGGAAUCGCAUCCUUCAUCAGAUAUCAUUCGAUGGAGUUCCCGAUACAAAUGAUGCGCACAAUGGCACGUUCUUGAUAUCAGGGAGGCAAAAAAUCAAUAACGUGGAAAUGGCGAUAUUGAAUUGGGGCGAUGUCACUAGAACUGAACAAGAAUCUCUUCCGACGUCAGAAGAUGUGAUUUUGGACUUCAAUAGCGAAAGUGUUACCUUUCCCCGUCAAGAUUGUCCCCUGACCGCUGCAAGCCAUUUGAGAAUACAAACCCCCCUGGAGCCCCUCUGA